UACAGUGCCGAUACCCUUAAUUAUCUUUACUGAUCAUGCUCUUUUAAUCGAUGGGAUGCAAAUGCAGUUCCAUGCAGAGGUGGAAGCUGGAUUUCUGCUACACAAGAAGCUUGUGAUGCCUGGCCUGUGAAAUCUAUCGUCCAGUCGAGUCAAAGGAAGGGCACGUUUGCAGGCCAAAAUGGCUGCUUUAGAAUGGAAAUAGGUUCAUGAAGUUCCCAAGAUCAGAAUUUGCAGGAUUCAAAAUGGUGGGAAAUCAACCAGAAAUGUUGCCCAAGCAUGUAGUGAAGCUGUUGUUUGCAAUGAAGAAGUCAUUUAGGCUCAUGGUGGGUGGAAACCAUACCGCUGCCAGAUUUUGCACACGAUAGAUCUAAAGUUCGAACCUGCUUGCUGGUAAAUCUCUUUCUUUUGCUCGAUCUAAUCCUGCUGUACUCGAGUGCUGCAAAGGGCUUUAUGCCGCUAGGGCUAAUCCUUUAUUUUGAAACUCGGUUUGGCGAAUUUAUUUUCGUUUUAGCGCUUAUCUGAGCUUUUAUGGUUUUAAAACGGACGAAGCUGGGACUCAUGUACGGUUCCGUGGGCAAGCGGCUGAUGUUUCGCAGCAUUUGCUUUUCAAUGAUCCUGGCCUUGAUGCCAGUUCUCUACAUCGUCCAGGACUCCGGUCCAUGUGACCUCUCGGCUGGAUCCGAACCCUUCUAUGGUCCAGGAGGUCUAGGGAUCGAAUACCCUACCCCAACGAAUAUCUGGACUCUCAGGCCGACUGUGAAAUUCUACUCAGGCAUUUACAAAGACCUGUUUAAGCAAGGUCUCCUGCGGCCUGGUCUGAAAGGCCUCUGUGUCGGCUGUGGCGCUGCUCACGCUGUAUUGGCGUUAAAGGAAAAUGGAAUCCCUGACGCCACGGGAAUCGAUCGUGGAUCCUGCAAAGGCAAGCUCAAAAGGUUGCCUUUUGCAGACAAUUCCUUCGAUUUUGUAUUAUCAGGAUCCGUGCUUCGAGCCCGAGCUCCUGCUCUGUUCGCCGUGGAGAUCGAACGCACCCUUAAACCUAGCGGGAUCGCAAUUAUAGUCCUGUCGCCCAGCCGGGCGUUCAAGGGUUCAAAACUCCUAAAUUCUCUGAACCCUACGGCUGCCCUUUUCAGGAACUCCGAAGUCGUCCGUGUUACCGUGGUGGGGAAUUCUUCAGUAAUCGCUUUGCGCAAGAUUGCUUUGCCAUCCAAUCCCGUCCAUCACUGCUCUCCCCUGAAGCACAACAGGAACUUAGUCAAGCUCGCAGAGCCAUUAAUGGAGAACCAAGAUAAUGCCAUUUAUAUGCCUAGGGUUAUAAACCUAGGCGCCCUGGACCGCCAUGUUUAUGUUGAAAUUGGGCUUAAUGACACUGAAAGCAGUAUAAGCGAGUGGUUCGUGAGGGCUUAUCCGAAGCAAAACAGGGCGUUUGAAAUCUAUGCCAUAGCCGUGGAUAAAGCAGCCCCUGCAUCCGCUGUCAAUCUCAGGGGAGUCGAAUCGUUGCGGCUGAAGCAGAGCAAAAUUGGAGGAUGGAUGAAAGGGAAUUUGAGCGAGAGGGAUUUUGUUGCUGUGAGAAUAGGUUUUCCAUAUGCGAGGGAAUUGAUGGAGAGCGGAGCAAUUUGCCUUGUCGACGAGCUUUUUGUGGUAUGCGGCCAUGAUCAUGGUGAAGAUGGUGCUGGCUGUCUGCAUCUGCUCAAGGAUCUCAGAAAGAAUGGCGUUUUCGCACAUAAGUGGUAACCCACUUCAGUAAUUUACAGUCUGAUUUACAGUCUGCUAUUACAGUAUAAGAAUACUAUAUUCAGUUUAAUUAUGCUAUAAUAUGCUAGGGAGAAUAAAAUGCAGAUUUGGUGGUCGCGUCUCAGUCUUAUAUACCUAGUAACGGUAUUAUUAUUAUGUGCGGGAUCCUAAGAUUUGUAAUUGGUAUUACAUGGCAUCUUAAUAUUUUAUUAGUUUGUUGUCUAA